AUGGGGACCGGCAAUGGCGCGGCAGUCUCCUUCCACCCCGUGUUGGUCACCACGUGGCAGCAGGCUCCGACGCUCAACUCCAUCUCCGCCACCUCCGGCAGCGCAGCAGACCUCCGCCACCUUCUCGGCCACCAGUUCCUCUCCUCGUCACUCCACAUCCGCCUGGCCAUCUCCUCCCCUGACCUGCUCCUCCUCUUCCUGAACCAUCAGCCCUCCCAAAAUUCUCUAAUCACGUCCUCCACCGUCACGGCUAACGAAGCAUCCCCUCAUCUGCGUUGCCUCUACUUCCCGCCCUCCUCCUCCAGGUCCAACCUCAGCCUGCGGCCCAUCUCGGCGGACCUCAGUCAGGGCAUCCUGCGCUGCCCUCUGCAACCCCAUGGCUUCCUCGUCUCCGUUGGCGGCGGUGGCGGUGAGAUCGCCGCCCCGCCGGUGCUUCCCUGGCCGUGGGACUCCCUCGCCUACGAGUCCCUACUUGACGGCCGUGACAACUCCACCAUCGUCUUCGCCAAGGGCCUGAACCUUCGGCCGGGGAGGCUCUCGGAUCCCUCCCGCUACGAAUGCGUCUUCGGCUGGGACUUCGCCCGCCCCCGCUUCCUCAUCACCUCCAAUGCUCUGAGCGCCGCCCAGGAGAUCGUCCGCUGCCGGACCCCUCUCAGCGUCCUUCGCCGGCAUUCUGCAGUAGCGGCGGAGGAGCGGCCAGUAAUGGUCUCCGUCAAGGACAGAGCCCGGGGUGUUCCCCACAUCUUGCCGUCUGUUGCUCGGCCGGUCCUCAUCCCCCGCGACGGCGCUGACGGCGGCGAGCAAGAGGGGAAGCACCAGAUGUGCGUCUGCACGAUGCUGCGCAACCAGGCGCGGUUCCUGACGGAGUGGAUAACCUACCACGGCCGCAUCGGUGUCGGGCGCUGGUUCAUCUACGACAACAACAGCGACGACGCCAUUGAAGAAACCCUCCGGGGGAUGCCGGAGUACAACGUGACGAGGCACGCCUGGCCGUGGGUGAAGGCCCAGGAGGCCGGCUUCGCCCACUGCGCCCUCCGUGCCCGAGCUUCCUGCCAGUGGGUGGCGUUCAUCGACGUCGACGAAUUCCUGUACCUGCCGUCACCGGGGCUGUCGCUGCAAGAGGUGCUGAGCAACUAUACGACGUCCUUCCCCCAGAUCGCGGAGCUGCGGACGGCGUGCCACACCUUCGGCCCGUCGGGGCACCGGGUGGCACCGCCGGAGGGCGUCACAGUGGGGUACACCUGCAGGACGUCGGCGCCGGAGCGGCACAAGUCGAUCGUCCGGCCAGAGGCGCUGAGCACCUCGCUGAUCAACGUCGUCCACCACUUUCACCUGAAGGAAGGGUUCCGGUACGUGAACAUGGACAGAGCGACCAUGGUGAUCAACCACUACAAGUACCAGGCCUGGGAGGUGUUCAAGGAGAAGUUCUACCGGCGGGUGGCGACCUACGUCGCCGACUGGCAGGACGAGGAGAAUGUAGGGUCCAAGGACCGCGCGCCGGGCCUGGGCACGAAGCCCGUGGAGCCGCCGAACUGGCCCAGCCGCUUCUGCGAUGUGAAGGACCCCGGCCUGCGGAACCGGGUCCUGAGGAUCUUCACCGACCCGACCACCGGACAGUUGCCCUGGUAG